CCAGCGAUAUGGACAACGUGGUUAUGGAGCAGGCAUGCACUAAUCCAAUGUGUUUCUUUUGUAUCAUGAAAGAGCCAGACCCAUCUCUCAGAAGAGCUGGAAUAGCAAGUUGUUUCAAGGAAAUGCCUCUCAUAAAAGAUGACCAACAACAUGUUUUAGUGCUGAGUGGUCUCUGGAAUAUUGCCAUGACCCAGCCAGAUGAUCCGGAGUUCCCAUCCCUUGGCAUCUUUGACUGCAUGGCAAGUUUCGUUGAAAAAGGAAUCAAUGAUAGAAGCUGGCUUCUUAGGGACCAGAACAUAUACAUUCCCUACUAUGCUGCUCAUGUUAUUGGUUCUUAUACUAUGAACAAGGUUGACUUCGCAGAGAAAGCUGUCUUGGCAGGUGUUAUACCUCCAUUAAUGGAACUUCUAAGAGGAAAGAUAAGUUGGGUUGAGCAAAGAGUUGCGGUUCGAGCUCUUGGUCACCUAGCGAGCUACGAGAGAACCUUUGAAGCUAUAGCAGAAUAUGAAGAGGAGUUGGUGACACUAGGGAUGCACUUAGCUGCUACUUGUCUUGAUGAAGUGUAUGUUAAGUUUGUAGGUGUGAAGGAUAAGUGUAAGAGAUCAAAAUAUCACUGUGACUUGCUUACAAGAGGAGUUGGUGGUUUAGAAAUGGAGAACCAGAAGGCAGAAGAAUGGGCUAGCCAGCUCCAGUGCUGGUCUCUCUAUCUUCUCAACUGCUUUGCUUGCAAAGAGAGAUCUCUAAAUCUUAUUUGCAAGCAAGAGUUUUUGACAGAUUUGUCUGGAAUGUGGGGUGGAUUGGUAAAUCACUCAUCACCAGCUGGGGUAGGACUGAUUAGAAUUUUGUGCUACAGUAAAUAUGGAAGAAAAAGCAUCUCUGAAUCAAAUGAGGUUUUAGAGAAUCUAUGUCAUCUCUCGAGAUCAUCAGAUGAUUGGCAGUACAUGGGCAUUGAUUGUCUUCUAUUACUUCUCAAAGACCCAGAUACGAGGUACAAGGUUAUUGAAAUUGCCACCAUGUUUCUCAUCGAUUUGGUUGAACUCAAAAGUCUUGGAGAUAGAUCAUGCUUAGGUGAAACAAUCACAAAAGCCCUCCUCUUAGAUUAUAGGCAAAGAAAAUUUAGAAUCAAGAGCAGCCAAGUUCAAAAGGCACUACUAGAGACAUGGGAAUUGAAGGUAGAAAGGAGAAGGAGAGAAAAAACUAUGUCUGAAGAAAAAGUUGAAGAGAGAAGGGUCCUAACAAACCUGAUAAAGCAACAAGCAAACCAUAUGUUCUGGUUAGGAGAUGUAGAAGCAGCUGUAAAGAGCUAUACCGAAGCAUUAGAUGCAUGCCCUUUGAAGCUUAGAAAAGAGAGAAUGGUUCUAUACAGUAAUAGAGCUCAGUGUUAUUUGCUGCUUAGGGACCCUGAUGCUACCAUUAGAGACUCAACUCGAGCUCUUUGCCUCUCCAAUCCUGCAAAUUCUCAUGGUAAAAGUCUUUGGAGAAGAUCACAGGCUUAUGACAUGAAAGGGUUGGCUAAAGAGAGCUUAAUGGACUGUAUAAUGUUCAUCAAUGGCUGUAUCAACUCAGAGACUAACAAGCGUGUGAAGAUUCCAUACUUUGCAGCUCGUAUGAUCAGCAAACAGAUGGAUGCCACAUGGCUGUUUGCCAAUGCCCAGUCGAAGGCCACAAUCAGUCAUCUGGGAAAAGUACAAGAAUCAGACGAUGAUUAUGAGAUAAGUAGCAAUGAGGAGCAAGAAUGUGAUGAAAUGAUAAGGAUGAUGAUGGAGAAGAAAAGUAUAGCAUCUGGUGAGCAAUUGCUUGAUUACCAUAAAAUAGUACAAAGUCGUCACUGCAACUCAAUCUUUUGAAAAUUCAAAUGGUUAGAUAGCAGUACAUAUUUUCUGAAACAUAGCGUGCCUCCAAAGUGAUAGCACCUUUCAGUUUCGUGCUUUAUGACUUUUAUGACUUUUUCUGGUAACUUUUUUCAGGUCUAUCCACCAUAAUUGAAGAACCUUUGAUUGUAAA